UAAACUAAAAAAAACAAAAAAAACACACUAUGGCUGGUGCUGUGCUGCAAGCUGUGACUGUGAGAGUGUGAGUGACUCUGAAUCUGAAUUAGAUUUGCAUUAAUUAAUAAAAAUAAAAUGACUUCUGUAUAUAUUUCAUCAUUAAUACCGUUCUUACCCUCCAAAUUUCUUAAUUUUUACCCCUCCCACCUACGCCCCGCCCCGAUUGUCGCGCACUCACCGCCAUUCCGCCGGAGAACCCAUCGAAACCAGCCGGAAUCUGAAAUGUCCGGCACCGUUCCGAGGUCAGGGUCCUCUUUCCGGCUCCACAACGAUGAUGAUGCCGACCCUUUCCUCGCUCCUCGAACCGGUGCAGGAAAAGGGGAUAUGGUAACAACUGAGACAGAGAUAGAGGUUUCCUCUGCUAGUAAAAUUGAGAAGAGGAAAGGCAGAUAUGGUAUGGGUAGCAUGACGUUGUUUGGGGUAGAGUUAUCCCCAGAUACUGUUGCUAUUGCCAUGGUAUAUUUUGUUCAAGGAGUUUUAGGACUUGCAAGGCUAGCUGUCAACUUUUAUUUAAAAGAUGAUUUGCAUCUCGACCCUGCUGAGGCAGCUGUGAUUACUGGUUUAUCUGCAUUACCUUGGCUUGUCAAACCACUUUACGGGUUUAUUAGUGAUUCUAUCCCCCUUUUUGGUUAUCGGAGAAGGUCAUACCUAGUUUUAUCAGGGCUACUUGGUGCACUUUCCUGGAGUUUGAUGUGUACUCUUGUUGACAGCAAAUAUAGUGCUGCUAUUUGCAUACUUCUCGGAUCUCUUUCUGUUGCCUUCUCAGAUGUAGUUGUAGAUUCGAUGGUUGUGGAGAGGGCGCGUGGUGAGUCACAAAGCACUUCAGGUUCUCUGCAAUCUUUAUGUUGGGGUUCUUCAGCUUUUGGUGGAAUUGUGAGCUCCUACUUCAGUGGGUCUUUGCUGGAUAAAUAUGGAGUAAGGUUUGUUUUUGGUGUCACAGCAUUGCUUCCACUAAUAACUUCCGCAGUUGCUGUUCUUGUUAAAGAACAACCUAUGCUUGGUACAACAAGAGGGCAAAACCUUCCUUUUGCCAGGCCUGAGUUUUUGGAAAGUUCAAAACAAAGCAUUAUUGAGCUGUGGGGUGCUGUACGACAGCCCGGUGUUUUUCUCCCCACUCUGUUUAUUUUCUUGUGGCAAGCAACUCCGCAAUCUGACUCUGCUAUGUUCUACUUUACCACAAAUUCUCUUGGUUUCACUCCUGAGUUUUUAGGACGUGUCAAGCUUGUUACCUCCAUUGCAUCUCUGCUUGGUGUUGGACUUUAUAAUGGAUUUCUGAAGAGUGUUCCUUUACGGAAAAUAUUUCUUGCAACUACCCUUUUAGGUUCAGCUCUUGGUAUGACUCAGGUUUUCCUGGUUACUGGACUAAAUCGGAAAUUGGGCAUAAGUGAUGAGUGGUUUGCAGUUGGUGAUUCACUAAUUCUCACAGUCUUGAGUCAGGCUUCUUUCAUGCCUGUUCUCGUUCUAGCAGCAAGAUUAUGUCCCGAGGGAAUGGAGGCAACUCUUUUCGCAACUCUCAUGUCCGUAUCUAAUGGAGGGAGUGUCCUUGGGGGAUUGAUAGGUGCAGGCUUGACACAAGUAUUUGGAAUUACCAAGGACAGAUUUGAUAACUUGGCAGCUCUGAUAAUCCUUUGCAAUCUUAGCUCAUUAUUGCCUCUGCCUCUUCUUGGUCUUCUCCCUGAGGACAAUCCUGAUGUGAAUCCUAAGGAAAAUUCUGAUGUUGAGAUGAAGUCUAACUGAUUCUGGUUGUUUGCACAAUCCUUCCAAGGGUUGUCUCCUUACCAAGCUGUACCCAAGUUUUGCUAUCAAUGCUUGCAAAUUCAACAGACACAACUCACACAUGCAGAAAGAUAAUUUUGUAUAUAAAUGAUGCUAAAGUUGCUACCAUGGCCUUGUUUUAAGCCAUUUUGAUUAUAGGCUUGAAUAACACUCAGAUCAAAUUUCACCUCCAAACAAAGCUGACUGAUAUUGUUGCGAAAGCACUGUUUGAAGAACCUUGAAACUAUGCUUCAUAUCAUGCUCCAAAGUAAACAAAGACAGUACUGGCCAUCAACGACAAAGUACCAGUCCCGUCAGAACAUACACAGGUUUCCUUUGUACUAUACUUUCUCGUUUUUGUUUAGUCAUGUGGCCUUCUCUGUAAGAACUCGGCCUUUGUAUGUAUGAGCCAAUAAUCAUCAUUUGACAAUGGAAAUUGAGGUUCAGGCCUAUCUGUUGUGUGAUAAACUGUAAUUGGCAGUUACCUAAGGUAGGCAAAAUAUGUUUUUCUUUGUGGUUUCUUUUUCUUGUAUGGUGUGGACUGUGGAGAGAAAGUUCACUACACCCGAGUGGUAAAUCAUUAUCCUGGGUGCUUACACCA